AUAGAGUAAAAGCAAUAACAAAGUGAAAAAGAAGAAUGGCAAAAAUGGUAAAAAUGUAACGAAGAAUCGGAAGUCUGAUGUAAGGAGCAACGAAGAACAACCAAAGGUUAGAGAGAGGGAGAGUUACGAAGGACGAGAAAGAACGAGAAAGAGAGAAUUCGACUGAAGAAAGAGAGGGAAAACAGGGAGUAACGUUGCGGACUAUCGACCCGAUCCGGUUGGGCGCCUGCGCUCUGGCAACCCCUUCUACCGUCGAACCGUCUCGCCGGCGACGCGGCGCUCUACGCAACGUCGUUGGUGCGAUCGGUGCGACGGUGAGACCAGUGCCUCUCACGAUUCCGUUCUCGCUCUGCCCUCCGUCUCGUUAUUCCGUUCGUACAACGCGUCUGAGUGUUGCUUUGCAUCGUUACUUCCAAACGUUAGCACAAGUCGUUAAUGCUCUUAGAAAGAAUUCCGGAGAGACGCGUAGGAAAAAGAGAAAGAGAAAAGGGAGGGGAGAGAGAGAGAAAGAGAGAGAGAGAGAGUGUACUCAGCCGAAAGACACCGGUACAUAACGAACGAACGUUGUUUUCUCGUGCUUUUAUCUUUACCGUGUAUUAUCGUCGUGUGUGUCGCGUUUAAUCUACGGCCCCUACCGACUAAGGCCGCUGUCUCCGUUCCGGAAUACACACGCGUUAUCAAAUGCACGCACGUACGCACGCGAAAAGAUUGCUUCCGGAUGCAGUGAAUUUCAGCCGGUGAACAUCACGCCGGGCCAACGCUCUAGACUGCACCAUUCACCAGCGAAUCAUUAUUACGAGAUAACCAUUCUUCUGGAUAAUUAUCAUCGCCAAAUAAGGUGAAAGAGAUAAAAAAAAAAGAGAAGAGAGAGACAGGGAAAAAUACAUGCGAAAUUGAAAAUUGAAAGAGAAGAGGAAAAUAUAUAUUGCUCUGCAGGAAGAAAGCAGAAACCUUAACAACGAAGACGAUGGAGUGACGGAGCACAAGCCGAACGUCCGAUCACCGUUCGCGAAUACUUCCUUGAAGGGAGAAGGAGCAGGAGUAAAGCCACGGGUGGCAGAAGAGGAGGAAGGACAGUGGAGGUAGGAGAAAGUGGUAGAACGGAGGUGGUGGUGGUGAGGAAGAGAAGAGUAGAAGAGGAAGAGGGAAGUGAAGCAAGUGUAGCUGCAUCGUUGACACCGAGGAGCCUUUUCCUCGGGAGGAAAUCAACCUGGCCUGACGACUGUGUCUGUCGUCUAAACGGCCCCGUCGCUACUGCAGCGGCUGUGUGUCACUACUGUUCCACUGCCCCACACACCGCGGCCUCAUGAUUGGUUCAUUCUGGAACCUCUGUCGUGCGUGCCCUUCAAUGCCAAUUGACAAGCAGCUCCAUUCAGAGUAUAGGAGCACGUACACAUGGCACGAAUAUACUGGGCCGCACCAGGAACAAGUUGUUCGUCGAGCACCGCAACCCCCGCCGACAUCGACGAAGCAAGCGAGCGCGAAGCUACAAUCGGCCAAGUCAACCGAGGAUGAGAACAACGAAGGGCCCACUUUGGAACCGCCAUUGCCACGGCGAAAGAAAUGUCCGGAGCUUGCGUACAAAACGCACGAAUUCAUCACGGCAGCCGAUGGGGGUGGUAUCGAUGCCGUCGAUUCCAACGUUGUAGCUGACAAAGUUCGAGAAGUUACAACGCAGUCGGGUUUACCACCGAGUCAAUUGAGCAAAGCAAUCUCACGGAUCAGCACCGAGUAUCGGUUGCAGUUUGCCUGGCCUAGAAGACCCCAACUGACGAAUGGCGAGACAGUGGCACCAGGAGUGACGGCCGCCGGACUCCCUGCAGGUACGACAGGACCACCUAGAAAGUCUCUCAGCAUGGGAGCUCUUAAGCAGGGUAUCGCUCCUACAGGGCCCGCCCCGGUACACAAGAAACGUCCCGGUGAUGUCGAUCACAAGCGUGAUGGGAUGCAAGCAUCGGAGCUAGAACCUUUGGUCGGAGGAACUGGAACGGACACUAUCGACGGAGUGGUGCCCGAGGGCGAUGAGCGCGAGGAAGACAUGUCGGACUUGAAAAUAACUUUCAGGGGUAAAAAAUCAGGUAGGACCGUAAGGAUAUCGGAUGAUAAAGGGCUGAGGGAGAAACCGCAGGAGAAACCGUUUCCCACUGCUGAAGUCAUCGAGCUUAGACGACUCGCUGACGAGUACAAGCAUCGCGACUGGGGUUGCGGUCUGGCAGCCGAGGACGAGGCUUCGCUGUGGAAACGGGUCUCCAGUAACCACGCUCUCAACGCGCUGUCCCUUGCCAGGUCAGUAACGAAGGAAGAGAAAGAAAAAGAGAACACGAGAAAAGUUGCUCCGGUUACUGCCGCGAUGACCAUGCCUCCCGCGGGUCGGCCAUCUUCGGUUCAAGCUAGACCCAUUCAUGGAAUUUUGCAGGAUGAUUCUAAAGCGGAUACGGAAAGAGCUAUUGCUCGCGCAAGAAAAGAUUUCUUGAUCCGCCAUCAUCUGGAUCGUACUACUGGCGUGGGCGAUGGUGCACUGCUUCCCUCUCCAACGAGAGAAAAGUUGGAGCCCGUGAUACCACGACGUCGAGAGGAGACGAAAGAGCACCGCGAAGAAAUUCAGCCUAAAACGAAAUCCAGCCCUAAGAACAGUCCAAGAACCGGUCGUUCGCAGAGUCUUGGUCCAACUGUGACUGAACGUCGAUCACCUAAACGUCAACCGCCUCGUGCGCCUUCCGUCACUAAAGAUGCCAAGGAAAAGGAGAAGGAGUCAAAGGAGAAGGAGAAAGAGCAAAGGGAAAAAGGCGGUGAGCCUGAAAGGCAUCCACGACCGACGGGUGUUUCAGUCACGGGCCCCGGCCACGUGCGUUGGAGCAUACGGGAACCGUCGACGGUUUCCUCGACGGGUUCGUCGACCAGCGUGCCACCAUUACCGCCACCACCCUCGGGCCCAGGGCCUACUCCGUUCUACAGGAGGUCCCCGCAGGUCCAUCGGAAAUCCUUCCUCGCAACCACAGCUCCCCCCUAUCGCCCCCUUCAUCACAUCAAACCCUCAACCACUACCACGAGUACUACCACAAUUACCACUACCACUACCACAACCACUAUCACCACCACCACAAACACAACAAGUACAAGCGUAAAACCCCCGGUAAAACAUUCGAUUCAUACGAGUGUCCAUCACCCACCUACGUCGAGCGCUGCUGCUGCGGCCAGGCCGGACCGUGUUAAAGAUAUAAGCCGAUCCCACCAAGGUCCAAACGAAGCUCAGGCAAAAACGGGCCGCGACCAGUCAGCUGCGGCUGCGGCCGCAGCCGCCGUCGCCGAUCCAUCCAAAUCAUCCUCCGAUAGUCGAUACGCGUCAAACCAAGCCGCUACCGCCGUCCAACCUAUGACGGCAGAGCCACAAGUAAACGGGGACGUGACAGGUGGGGAGUCGAGCGUCGCGUCGACACCACCGUCCCAGUCUCAGGCGCCAGUUUCGGCCACCGCCGCAAGCCCGUGGAUCGACGACGAGCCGGUAGUGAAAAGUCCGCCAGAACCGACCAGGGUAAAGUCGCCGGAACAGAUGAUCAUGCGCUCACCGGAGCCGGUCAACUGGACGGUUCCAUUAGACACCGGGAAAACAUUCACUGUCACGCAAAACGUUAGAGAAGAACCUCUGACACGUCCGCAUAGCGAGGCAAAGAGCUGGGCACCUUCGUCAGUUCCAUCGGCUCCGCAAUCUGCACCACCUGAAUUAGCGGCACAGCACAAGUCGCAACAUUCCCAACAUUCCGGAUAUAAAUCUCCAGAAAGUGAAAGUGUUUCUAUAGGUAGCUUUAGCGGUUUGAACGGACACAAGGACAUGGACUCCGAAAGGGAUAGUCCGUUGCCCUCGAAUAUUCAAACCGGCGGCACUCCCACACACGUUGACGAUGAAACAGGCGGUAUCGAAGAAGAAUCUAAAGAACAAAGAUCGGAGCCAUCAAUAAAAUCCGUAGCAGGGACGAGUUUAAGAUGUCUAGAGGAUCCAAGUUUCGAAUAUGAGAGGAAAAAAGAAGGUAGUCAGCCAGUCACAACGGCGGCCAUGACAGCCCCGUCAUCGACGACGACCCCUCAACAGGGUUACCGUAUCCUAGAGGCGGAGUCGCCUCAAGGUGGCGCCAUUGAUAGUGGCGGUGCCGGUAGCGUGGGUGGAAUAGGAAGUAGCGGGGGUGGCUACCAUGUACUGGAAGCGCCGACAGUGGUUCCAGGCUCUGCACAACGUUCCGCAGCGAGCGAAGUGCUGGAAAAAGCACGAAAUCGUUUCGAUAAAUUCUGGGGAAAGGGCAGCGGCUCGGAGAAUUAGGGCGUUCAAUGCGAGAAAAUAAAAGUAGUAGCAAUGUUCUCGAAAGCGGAGGGGCAAAGAGAAAGAUGAGGGUAGAAGAGAAAAGGAGAAUAAAUGAUAAAACAAUUCGACGAGGUUCCUAUGGAAGCUCCUUUCCUGAUUCGUCUUCUUGUUCCGGUUGUUUUUCAUCGGAGACGAGAUAUCUCGUA